AUGACUGAAGAUGAAUAUAAAGAUAAUGAGAAUGAGGAUGAAAAUUUUUCCUCCAUUACGAUGGGAAACUUGCCUACAUUUUUCUGUUUUAGUAGGAAUAUUGAGAUAAUCAAAAGGUCAUCAAUUGCUUCUGUGGCCUGGCUUGAUUCAGUGGACAAAGUUUCUCAUGAUAUCUUAUCUAAACUUUGUACAAUUAUCAUAGGAUCAUUCCUAUUUAAUCCUCAAGAGAUAGUAAUCUCUGCCGCUAUAAAUGCAACCACUAGACAUUGCCGAAAUUGUCCAGAUCAGGUUAAUACAGGACCUGUAUUGACAGUUCUUACUAUAAUGGCAACGAAUAAUGACUUGAAAGCUAUCGGAAUACGCUUACUGACAGAGUUAUGGCUACAAGAAGAGCGAAUCUUUCCAAAUUUAUUAGAUAUACUUGAAAGAUGUAAUUAUAACAAACAUGAACAGGAUGACUACCAAAUUGCUUGUUCAUUAUCUAUUCGAGAAAUAUGCAAAAUCAGGCCGAAUACCUAUGGCAAAGAUACUCUACCAUUAGUGGCUAAAAUAUUGGCUCCGUCCAAUGGUGAAGUAAAUAUUAUCAGUAAAGCAGCGGCACUGGAAGGGUUGUAUUAUCUAUGUGAAGCUAAGGUCGUGGACCUAGUUACCGUCUGGAAUGUUUUCGUUGUCCAUUUAUCUGGCGAUCACCGACUAGCAUAUAUUCAAAAAAGUGCCAAAUAUGAGGAAUUUAACAAUCAAGCAUUACAGAAAUUAUGGCAUUACACAUUAUUUAAGGAAAAAGAGAUAAGACUCGCAGCAUUUACGGCAUUGGCAGAAUUUUCACUAACACAAAUGAAUAUCACUUGCUUGCCGACCAUUUUGAAAGAAAUUUUGAAAAGAAGUUCAAAAGACCAUAGUUUGGAGAGCGAUGAGACGAACACUAAUCAGUUAUUAUCUGGCCAAGAUAUCUGUAACCUCAUUCUUUAUUACCCUAAUGAUUGUUUGCCAGGUAUUGAACCUUGGAUCACUCAAUUGAUAAAAGAGGAUUUAGAAGCGCUAUGUCAUGCUGAUAUCUAUAAGGCAAACCGCAAAUCUGAGCAGGGUGACGCUAACUCAAUUUACGAAUCAAUAUCAGUAAAGUUAUGGAAGGCCUAUCAGGCUUGUAACAAUCAAACGAUGUUAUCCAAUCUAGCAGGAGGUCUACUAUUCGCAUAUGAUCCACGAAUUAAUUACGAUUCUGUAGAUGAUGAAAAAAACUGUCAUUAUUAUCUUAGUAUGCUAGAGAGCGCAUUGUUUGAGAUCACAUUCGAUCCAACAGACUGGUACGCUAUUAUUCAUUUACUAAUGGCUUGGAGUGAUUUUAUGAAUCGCGUGAUGCAAGCUUGUAUUGAGUACCAUAAAUCUCAAAUACUGAUGCGCUCUACUAGUGGAGAUGCACAAAACGAAUUAAAGGAUGAAACGGAAGAAACAUUGUUUAGGUGUUGUUUAGAAAUCUAA